AUGCCCCGCUGCUUGAUGGCGAAAAAGUUCAAGGCCUACCCGUGGCCGGACCGGGUCGAGGAACCACAGGCCCCAAGUUCCGGCCGCUCGCCCACUCCGCCGUCCCCUCCGCCGCCACCCCAGGUCAUCGUCGAGGUCCUCGAGGAGGACGAAGAAAUCGACGUGGUCGGUGACAACGGUGGUGCCACAACCGCCUCGCCGAGUCCGGCCGGAGCCGGCAGUGGAACCAGCACCGCCGCCAGCACCUGUUGGGGCCCGUCCUCGCCGACGGCCGGCGCUACGGCACCGAGUCCACCGCCGCACUCGCCGGAAGCGGCCACCCGGGAUGCGUCCUCGUCCUCGUCCGCGUCGUCGCCGUCCUCGUCUUCGACGAUCCUGUACAACGAACAGCAACAAUGA